AUGGUGCCUCUAAAACGGCAAUCCAAAUUCACACAACGCUUAAGAUUAUCAUGUUCUAAACUACUGAAAAAACUGCACUUCAAUAAGGAUUAUGCUACUGACGAUUAUUCAUUUCUUUGCAGAUUGGAUAUGGGGAGUCUUGCGGUUGAAACUGAGGAUGUGAGCUCAGAUAUAUACCUUUCGUUGGGGCUUAAAGAAUUAGAUAAAGGAGUAGGAGUUCCUCGGGUUUUAUCACUUGUCUCUUCUCUUCUUGAGAGAUCAGUUCAGAGAAAUGAAACACUAUUGGAGGCUAAUCACAUAAAAGAUGUUGUUACAGUAUUUCAUGGUUUAAGAGCUCCUACACUGAGUGUUCGAAAGUACAUUGAUCGUAUCUUCAAGUACUCAGGUUGCAGCCCAUCCUGCUUUGUUGUGGCACACAUAUAUGUGGAUAGAUUUAUUCAGCACACAGAAAUCAAAUUGACUUCUCUGAAUGUGCACCGGCUUUUGAUAACAAGCAUUAUGCUAGCCGCAAAGUUUAUAGAUGACGCAUUCUACAAUAAUGCUUACUAUGCAAAAGUUGGGGGAGUAAACACGUCUGAAUUAAACAGGUUGGAGAUGAGCUUUCUGUUUGGCAUAGAUUUUAGACUUCAGGUUAGUGUAGACACGUUUGGAAGAUAUUGUAGGCAAUUGGAGAAGGAAGCCGCAGAAACACUCCAAAUUGAAAGGCCAAUGCAGGCUUGUCGAAUUAAAGAAAGUUGGUCAAACAAAGAUGACCCUACUUGUGCUUCCACAAUUGCAAGAUGA